GCUGCACGGGCGCGAGCCGAGUUAGGGGCUCCGGGUGGGCGGCGGCAGCAGCGGCGCCACGCGCAGGCUGGAGGCCGCCGAGGCUCGCCAUGCCGGGAGAACUCUAACUCCCCCAUGGAGUCGGCCGACUUCUACGAGGCGGAGCCGCGGCCCCCGAUGAGCAGCCACCUCCAGAGCCCCCCGCACGCGCCCAGCAGCGCCGCCUUCGGCUUUCCCCGGGGCGCGGGUCCCGCGCCACCCCCAGCCCCACCUGCCGCGCCGGAGCCGCUGGGCGGCAUCUGUGAGCACGAGACGUCCAUCGACAUCAGCGCCUACAUCGACCCGGCCGCCUUCAACGACGAGUUCCUGGCCGAUCUCUUCCAGCACAGCCGGCAGCAGGAGAAGGCCAAGGCGGCUGCAGCCCCCGCGGCUGGCAGCGGUGACUUUGACUACCCCGGCGCCCCGGUGGGCCCCGGUGGUGCGGUCAUGUCCGCGGGGGCGCACGGGCCUCCUCCGGGCUACGGCUGCGCUGCGGCCGGGUACCUGGACGGCAGGCUGGAGCCCCUAUACGAACGCGUCGGGGCGCCGGCGCUGCGGCCGCUUGUGAUCAAGCAGGAGCCCCGCGAGGAGGACGAGGCGAAGCAGCUGGCGCUGGCCGGCCUCUUCCCCUACCAGCCGCCGCCGCCGCCACCGCCGCCGCACCCGCACGCGUCGCCCGCGCACCUGGCCGCCCCGCAUCUGCAAUUCCAGAUCGCGCACUGCGGCCAGACCACCAUGCACCUGCAGCCUGGCCACCCCACGCCACCGCCCACGCCCGUGCCCAGCCCGCACCCUGCGCCCGCGCUCGGCGCUGCGGGCCUGCCCGGCGCGGGGGGCGCGCUCAAGGGGUUAGCCGCGCAUCCGGAUCUCCGCACGGGCGGCGGCGGCGCUGGCAAAGCCAAGAAGUCGGUGGACAAGAACAGCAACGAGUACCGGGUGCGGCGCGAACGCAACAACAUCGCGGUGCGCAAGAGCCGAGACAAGGCUAAGCAGCGUAACGUGGAGACGCAGCAGAAGGUGCUGGAGCUGACCAGUGACAAUGACCGCCUGCGCAAGCGGGUGGAACAGCUGAGUCGCGAACUGGACACGCUGCGGGGCAUCUUCCGCCAGCUGCCAGAAAGCUCCUUGGUCAAGGCCAUGGGCAACUGCGCGUGAGGCGCGCGGCUGCGGGACCGCCCUGGGCCUCUGGCUGGAGACCCGGAGAAUGGUUUCGGGUCGCUGGAUCUCCAGGCUGCCCGGGCCGUGCAAGCCAGGACUAGGAGAUUCUGAUGUCGCCUGAAAGCUUGGCCUGCCCCGCGUGUCCCCUCCCGUCCUCUGAGCCGGACUUGGUGCGUCUAAGAUGAGGGAGUCAGGCCGUGGUUUCUCCUUGCUACCGGGAGACUUUUCCGUGGGGCCGAGCUGGGAGCCCGGCAAUUCUAGUAUUAAGGAAUAACCUUGUGCCUUGGAAAUGCAAACUCGCUCCGAUUCCUACCGAGUAGGGGGAGCAAAUAUGUGCCUUGAUAUUUUAUUUGGAGGAUUCCUGCGUCCUCCAAGGCUGCAGAAAGCCCCCAUGAGAGAAUGAAGGGUACAGGCCCACGGCAGGAGGAAGAUUCAGGAAGCUGAGAUUCCGGCAAUCCAGCCCCAACUGACCCUCUGUGUCUGCUCUUAGAAGGGAGGGCCUUGGAAAGUUGGGGGUUUGGAUCUAGGGGUGUUUCCCUAUCUACAUGGAAAUGGAGGGCUCCUAGUUCCUGGCUUCUUCAUCUUUACAACCCCCACACACACAUACAUACAACCCAGCUUACAACAGGCUGGGUUUCCUGGGUGAGUUCCUGGGUGAAAUGGGGGUCACCACCCCCAGUCAGACUGAAAACUAAGUUGUGAGUUAGCCAUGUGGUUAAGGGAGUGGUGGUCUGUGGGACGACAGGAACCUAGGGUUCUGGUCUUGUGGGGUGGGAGGGUGGGGUGAAGGGACCUGGGGGCCAUCAGCCUUGUGUGUACUGUAUGUUGCCAGCAUCGCUGAAGGCACCAGGAAACACAAUCGAUCCAUCCCAGAGGGACCCGAGUUAUGACAAGCUUCCCAAAUAUUUUGCUUUAUCAGCCGAUAUCAACACUUGUAUCUGGUCUCUGUGUCCCAGGAGUGCCUUGUGCAAUGUCAGUGUGCACGUCGAUGCUAAACCACCAUUUUAUUUGGUCUUUGUUUUGGUUUGGUUUUGUUCAGAUACUUGCCAAAAUGAGACUCUUCCUUAGUGGCCGGAGAAGGAGCUGAGGGCUCACUUUCCUUUUGGUUUUGGGAUUUUUUUUUUUCUUUCGCUCCUGGGGGACCAAUGAGGUGCCUUAGGAUUCCUCUUAACCCCCCACCCCAAGCUUUCUCUGGCUGUAGUUGUGGGUCUUAGUUCUCUGCAGCUGGGACUGCACACAGGCUUUCCCCGCCCCCCUCCCAAAGGCCCUGGCUCUGAGUCUGGAAAGGCCACCUCCAGCCAAUGUGUGCACACCCCUGGGGCUGGGAGCAGGGUUAGACUGCUUCCUUCCCUUCUUUGGGGGAGAGCACAGUUUCAUGCUAGAUGUUGUAUGUAUUAUAUCUAUAAUAUAAACAUAUCAAAGUCAA